GCGUAUAUAUAUGAUGUGUUGAGUGAGGAAAGUGGUCAUUGCUGUGUGUACAUGUUGAUGAGAACGAAGUGUCGUCCACUUGAAUGGUUUUCAGCUCGAUCACAGAAGAAGGCGAUUCGUAUCUGAUAAGUUUGACCAUUAAAUGCGGACUUUGCUGGAUCUCGAGGCCGUGUACAAGAUUGCCACACACAAGGACUGGAAGCCCCCGCCUGCCGGUGCCACCCCAAAGCCUGCCGAGACACCAAGCUCCAGCAUGGCUGACUCAGUAGAAUCUAAGUAUUUGAAGGCGCAGAUUGACGCGCAGAGCGAGAAAGUCAGGACAAUUAAGGCUAAAAUUGAUAAGGAGAUACAGAUAUUGCUAUCCCUGCAAUGUAAAUACAAGGACCUGACGAAGCUAGGUGAAGAUGGGCACCAGAGCAAGAAAGAAGACAAACAUGCCAAUGAAAUAAAACCAACAAAGAAACAGGACGCUGCAUCGGUCCAGGAUGCUUCAGCUAACAAGGACAUAAACGAAAUCACAAGACUUUGUCUUGAGGCAAAGAAAGAAGAGAAUAUCUCUGAAUGGUACCAUGAGGUGAUAACAAAGUCGGAGAUGAUCGAGUACUACGAUGUGAGCGGAUGCUACAUCCUGCGGCCAUGGUCCUACUCUAUCUGGGAAAUCAUUAAGGACUUCGUUGACGGCGAGAUAAAGAAGCUUGGCGUGGAGAACACAUACUUCCCAAUGUUUGUCUCCAACAAGGAGCUGAGGAGGUUGAAAUCACCGACUGAAGACUUCGCUUCCGAGGUCAAAUCUAUCGAUCAGAAUAACUCUGAAGAGUCAAACCGUUCCUCCGGAUUGUUUGCAUAUAGGUUAUGCAGUGCAGAGAUUGCCGUGGUAACUAAGGCUGGGGAAUCCGAUUUAGCUGAGCCAAUUGGCAUCAGGCAAACUGGUGAGAUUGUGGUGCACCCUUCCUUUGCGAAAUGGAUUCAAUCUCACCGAGACCUGCCGCUGAAAAUCAACCAAUGGUGUAAUAUCGUGAGAUGGGAGUUAAGCCUUCAGCCAUUCUUGAGAACAAGAGAGUUUUUAUGGCAGGAAGGUCAAACGGCAUACGCAAAUGUCAAGGACGCAGAAGAGGAGGUAUACACGAUACUGGAGCUGUAUGCCCGAGUGUACGAGGAGCUACUGGCCAUCCCAGUGGUACGAGGCAGGAAAACAGAAAAGGAGAAAUUUACAGAGGCAGAUUUUACAACUACAGUUGAGGCCUUUAUGAGUGCAAGUGGGGGUGCCAUACAGGGAGCCACGUCUCAUCAUCUUGGUCAGAACUUCUCAAAGAUUUUCGACAUAACCAUUGAGGAUCCAGAGACGCAGGAGAAACAGUACAUUUAUCAGAACUCAUGGGGUCUUAGCACCAGGACGAUAGGUGUAAUGUGUAUGGUCCACGGUGACAACAAUGGACUGGUCCUCCCACCAAGGAUCGCCAGUGUACAGGUAAUCAUUGUACCGUGCUAUUUCACCGCCAAUUUGUCAGAAGCAGACAAUAAGAACCUCCUGAAGAAGUGUGAGGAGAUACAGGGUUCUUUGGUGGCCGAUGGAAUCAGGGCCAAGUGUGAUCUACGCGAUUAUUACUCUCCAGACUGGAAAAUCCGCCACUGGGAACUUAAGGGUGUGCCGAUCAGGAUAGAGCUGAGCCCUCGAGACAUCAAACAGAAAAAGGUUGUUCUCGUGAGGCGAGAUACCGGGGUCAAGUCGACAGUUCCCAUGGCCAACCUGGCCACCAGCACCAGGGACACCCUCAACAACAUCCAGCAGAACCUGUUUACCAACGCCAACGAAGAUCUGUUGAGUCAUAUGUCAGUGGCACACGAAUGGGAAGAAUUCUGUAACAGCUUUGACGACAAGAAGAUCAUCCAGGCUCCGUUCUGUGGCAAGAUUCUUUGUGAGGACAAGAUCAAGAAAGAUAGCGCCAGGGAUGCUGUGGUAGAGGAGGGGACACCUGCUAUGGGAGCCAAGAGUCUGUGUAUCCCUUUCAAACAGCCUAAUGAGUUGGUCAAGGGCACAAAGUGUAUCAUGCCAAGCUGUGGCCAGGACGCUAAAUAUUACACACUGUUUGGGAGGAGCUACUGAGCAAAGAUACUAACAUUUGUACCGGAGAUACGUAUGAAUGUAGUUUACAAUAUGGCCCUGCAUCAAAUAUAUAUACAAACAUGACAACAAUUUAGGAUAACAGUAUAGCAAUGCAGGAUAAGGUUUCAUCACAGUCAAUGUAACUUAAAAUUUAGUAAUCCUUAAAUAUAAUUUAAUAGUGCACACUUGCAUAUCACACAAGUGUUACUGAAUAAUAUGGUUAAAGCACUAUCAUAGUCAAAUAUACAUUGUACAUACAAUGCUAAUACGGCAAAGGGUAAAAACUGACAAGACAUACACUAAUAUAGCGUGUAUUAAAAUGAGACAUUGAAGUCUGUGGUGUAAAAAGUAAUUUAUAAUAGAAAAUUAUCAAAUGACAUUUGCCUUUUACUAGAAACAAGAUGUAGGAAACUAUAUUUAUAUCUUAUAAUAUCAAUAUAAGGGAGAUAAUCACAGAUACGCUAUUCAUGCGAUAGAUUAAAUAUCAUAAAAGAAAUGUUUUAAAAUUAAAACUCAAGACUAGUUGUAGUACAUAAUUAUAUAAGAUACGGCGGGAUGUAAAGUAAUGCUUCAGGUAUCUGCUUUUAAAAACCCCGACACUACCUGAGUCUCUAAUUGUAUCACUAGCUUCGUUCCAUAAGAUUGAACAUGUAGACAAAUAAUUGAAAAGUUAUGAGCCCAUCACAUACUAUAAACACUGAUAUGAGCCCAUCACAUACUGUAAACACUAAUAUGAGCCCAUCACAUGCUAUAAACACUGAUAUGAGCCCAUCACAUACUAUAAACACUGAUAUGCGCCCAUUAUAUACUAUAAACACUAAUAUGAGCCCAUCACAUACUAUAAACACUGAUAUGAGCCCAUCACAUACUGUAAACACUAAUAUGAGCCCAUCACAUGCUAUAAACACUGAUAUGAGCCCAUCACAUACUAUAAACACUGAUAUGAGCCCAUCACAUACUAUAAACACUAAUAUGAGCCCAUCACAUACUGUAAACACUGAUAUGAGCCCAUCACAUACUAUAAACACUGAUAUGAGCCCAUCACAUAAUAUAAACACUGAUAUGAGCUUGUAUGAAUGACCUU